CAACCAAAUUUUUAAUUUAACCAUCAGUUUUACGUAACGCCGGAAAAUCUCGCAACAAGUUCUGCGCGGAAACAAAAGCAGAGGCACACAAGAGUGAGUUUUUGAGCCGAGUCCUAUGCUCCAGGCCUCGAUCUCAAUCGAGCGUGCUGAAUUUCUCCGACAUAAACAAAAAUUAUGAGAAAUAAAUAAAUUUGGGGUUUUGCGGCGUACCUAUAGAAAAGUACGAUGCGCUUAAUUGAUCACGGACAAGUUCUCUCUGGAAGUGCUUCACUUCUCUGAGCUCCACCAUAGUCAUUGCCCAAUAGGUAGCGAGGGGGGGGAUUGAUACUGAAUUUCUGUCUUUUCUUUCCUGCAGUUCAUCUGAAAUGGCCUAUUCAGAACUUUUCUAUGACAUUCGAUGGGGGAUUCUACGUUGCUGUGUUGAAAGCUCUCUCAUUUCUUCCAAUUGAUUUAGAACUGGUCCUCCUGUUUGAGAAAUUAAUUCUGUCUACUUUCAGGUAGUGCUUUGGAUAUGGGUGCUUGAAGCUUUCCUAUCUAUGCUAUUGUAAACACUCUUAUUGUGUAUUUGAGUGUUUGGGAAAUCGGUCCUUUUUCUACAUGGGAAGAAAUAACCCGGAAGGUUGAGGGUUGUUUCGUUCAAAUAUUCAACCAUGAUAUUUAUUAUCCUCUACUUGUCAGGGCUUCUGGUGAAUUGUGAUACUCUGUUCAGAUCAACAAUAUGAGUAUGAUUUACAGCUUCCGCAACAAAUUACUUUUUAGAGGGAUUAUGUCCAUCAGAAUGUACAGUUCAAGUGAACUAAGAGCAGAGGUUUCAGAUCCCUUGAAAAGAAUAUGUGAAAUUAUGAUGUCUUGCCCAGCAUUAGCUCUUGAUACUGCUCUUAACCAAAGUGGUAUUAAGGUUUCUCCAGAUAUAGUUGAGGAUGUCCUCAAGAGAUUUGAGAAUGCCGGUAUGUUGGCGUAUCGGUUCUUUGAAUGGGCCGGUAAACAACAAAAUUAUGUGCACAGUGUCAGGGCUUACCACACCAUGAUCAAUUCCCUGGCCAAGAUAAGGCAGUAUCAGAUAAUGUGGGACCUUGUGAAUACUAUGAAGAACAUGGGGAUGCUAAAUGUUGAGACAUUUUGCAUUAUGAUGAGAAAGUAUGCCAGAUCUCAGAAGGUGGAGGAGGCAGUUUACACAUUUAAUGUCAUGGAGAAAUAUAACAUCCCCCCAAAUCUAGCAGCAUUCAAUGGCCUUCUAAGUGCUUUGUGCAAGUCCAAGAAUAUAAGGAAGGCACAGGAGAUCUUUGACGGUAUGAAGGAUCGAUUUGUUCCUGACUCAAAGACUUACAGUAUAUUACUUGAGGGAUGGGGAAAGGCUCCAAAUCUGCCAAAGGCGAGGGAGAUUUUCCGGGAAAUGGUUGACGUGGGAUGUAACCUUGAUAUAGUUACUUAUGGCAUCAUGGUUGACGUUCUUUGCAAGGCAGGGAGAGUUGAUGAAGCUGUUGGAAUUGUUAAGAACAUGGAUACUAGUGCUUGCAAGCCAACAUCUUUAAUUUAUACUGUUUUGAUUCAUACAUAUGGGAUAGAAGACCGCAUUGAAGAUGCUGUAGAUACGUUCUUAGAGAUGGAAAGAAAUGGGAUUAAGCCUGAUGUGGCAGUGUACAAUGCCUUGAUCAGUGCUUUCUGUAAUGUAAAAAGGUUAAAGAAUGUGUAUAGGGUCUUAAAUGAUAUGAAUUCCAAGGGCAUUACACCCAAUUCAAGAACCUGCAACAUUAUUCUAAAUAGCUUGAUCAUUGGUGGGGAGACUGAUGAGGCAUUUAGAAUCUUUCGUAGGAUGAUCAAGGUAUGUGAACCAGAUGCAGACACAUACACAAUGAUGAUAAAGAUGUUUUGUGAGAGGGAUCAGCUAGAUAUGGCUCUUAAAGUGUGGAAGUACAUGAGAUUGAAGCGUUUUGUCCCAAGCAUGCACACAUUUUCGGUUCUUAUAAAUGGACUGUGCCAGAAGGGGAAUGCUACUAAAGCUUGUGUCUUAUUGGAAGAAAUGAUAGAGAAGGGAAUCCGACCAUCAAGGUGGACAUUUGACAGGUUGCGACAAUUGCUUCUAAAGGAAGGUAGAGAAGAUGUACUUAAAUUUCUUCAAGAGAAAAUGGAUCUUCUUGUUAAGGAGCCUUUAUGUGACUGAGAAGCUAUGCCUAAGCUAUAGCAACUUAUUGACAUGCUUUGAUGUGAAAUGCAUUGGACCUUGCUAGCAGCCAUAAGUGCAACUGCUUCUGCUGUCGUGACUGCCAAAGAGAGGUAAACCGAACUGCUCGAUUAUCCCAAGAGAAAUUUAUGAGAAGCCUAUAAGUUACAGUUGAUUGUACACAAUGAUCCAUUUUUCUUUUUUUGGUUCAAGAUAACAGUUAUAUUGAACUAAAGGAUUGUUAUGAUGCGUGCUCUGUAAUCGAUCCCUGUUAAGUUAGUUGUCGUAGAA